AUGUCUCUGAACUCACAGAAGAACCCCGUCAUCGCAGUUGUGGGCGCUGGCCCCGGCAUUGGCGAAGCUGUCGCCCGCCGCUUCGUCACCGAAGGCUUCUGUGUAGCUCUCCUCGCCCGCACAGAGGACAAACUCCAGAAGAUGGCCCAGGGCAUCGACGCCGACUACGGCAAGGGCUCAGCCCAGUACUACAUCACGGACCUACGACAGGAGAACUCAGUCCUAUCUAGCUUCAAACGCAUCCGCGACGAGCUGGGACCUGUCUCAGUGCUUGUCUACAACGCUGGCGCACGCCGCGUCAACGGCAGAUCCAUCCUCAACACGUCAUCGGAGGAGUUCGAGAACUUCACCAAAAUCAACCUCUUCGGCGCCUUCUGGUCCACCAAGUGCGUCCUGCCGGACAUGCUCGCAGCUGGGAAAGGGACGAUUCUCUUCACUGGCGCUACGGGUGCUCUCCGCGGGAACCCGGGCCUAGCCAGCUUCUCGCCAGGUAAAUUCGGGCUGCGCUCGCUCUGCCAGAUCAUCACGCGUGAGUACCAGGCCCAGGGCAUUCACGCGGCACACAUCAUCGUGGACAGCCCUGUCGACGGCAAACUGAUCGGCGAGUGGUCGCGGAGACAGUGGCAGCGGACAGGCCAGGGAGACAAAUUGGAGGAUGUUGACGGGCACCUGGUGGCACCUGCAGAUCUGGCGCAAACGUAUUGGUUUCUGCACACACAGCCGAGGAGCGCAUGGACGCACGAGCUGGAUGCUCGGCCGCAGAAGGAGAACAUGUUUUCCAAGUUGUAA